AGGAAACCAUAUCACAGGUCUUUAUUCUUGUGAUGAUUUAUUCCCGUGGUGCCUACAAGCAAGGAUGAUGAUCACAAUAUGCAAGUCGCGGCACAUUCGCUAUUUUCUUCAUUACCACUAGCCAUUCUCAUCAUCGUGCAUGCUUCGUGAUCGAAAGACAAUGUGGGAUUGCAAUUUUUUUGCGCAAAGUAGAUGUAGAGCCUUAAAUCAUGGCGUCGGAGGAGGUCUUCCUGAUUAUGUGCACUUCGACUUCUCCGAAGCCGAGUUCAAAAAUCAAAGGUUUCAUAAAUGUUCCAGGAUCUUCUAGAGAGUUUCUUCUGAGAUGGAGAUGAACAGCAUCCAUCUCGAUACAACAUAGUCAUCGAGCCCCAGCAGAUCUACUCGAUCAUGCAACGCAUAGGGAGUAAGGAAGCGACGACGAUCCUCGCCCAGGAGGGGCUUCAAUGCCCGAUCUGCUUGGACUUUCUUUGCGAGCCCCUGACCCUGCAGUGCAACCACAGCUUUUGCCGGCUCUGUUUGUUGCAAAGUACCACCCUCGCGCCCGACGGGCGCAGCUGCCCGCAGUGCCGGAAAACGAUCGAGGACAUACAAGAUCCCGCGACGCACGCCGUCGAUACGCGAUUGAAGAACAAGGUUUUGCUGCUGAAAGUGCCGGUAGACACGGGAGAUGAGCAAGUUGACGUCGUCCCGGUGGACGUUUACGAAGCGCGCAAGAAGGAGCACCUUGAGCAGCUGCAGGAAUGGCGCGACCGGGAAGCGCAGAAGUUGCCGGUGUUCGUGUACGGUGGUACCGAGGACUACAAUCCGGGGAGCCAGGUGCAGCUGCACUUUUUCGAGCCGCGCUACCGCGUGCUGAUCCGGCGCGCGUGGGAGGGGAACCGCCGGUUUUUGUGCUGCAAGAAGGAGCCCUUGACCGCGGGCGACCGGGCUGUGGUCGUGGAGAUCGGAAUGGCCCAGUUUCUACCGGACGGGCGCGCGAACAUCGUCGGGAAGGCGCUGGAGCGGGUCCAGCUCCAGACCUGUUGGGUAGAGCAGAACAGCGAGGGGCUGUGGUACGCAAAAGUCGCGGUCUCCACCCCGGAGGAAGCCGGGCCGCGCGGUACGACGGUGAUUCGCAUGGCGAACCCCGGCGGCGGAGCGGAUGGCGAGGCCGGCGGUGCGACGACCAUCAUCCACCGCAGCGCCAAUCCGCAGGGCGGCGGUGGCGGUGGGUUUUUCAACACGUCCUCGGGGGGGAGCCCGGGGGACAGUAAUAGCGCCAGCGCCCGGAAUCUGUCCGCGGUGCAAUUCUUGCUGCAGGAGGCCAUCCACCGCGGCGCGCCGCUGUACAACAGAGGAGACAUUCCGGCGUGCUUCCAACUCUACUUCACGGUGGGCCGGACCAUUGUCUCCAUGUACGCGCGCGACGCCCCCUCGCCGGACCAGCAGACCACCGAAAUCCGCAUGUUGACCAACGUCGUGCGGAAAUUUUCGGACCAGCCCCCCCGAUCGGGUCGCGCCUUCGACGCAGCAGCGUGGGAGCUGCGGCACUGCUUCGACGCGAUUCUAGCCAUGUCGGCAGGAGACGGGAGAAACAGAAACAGCUCGUCAGGGGGUAGCAUCAUUUCUCUCAGUCCGGUGGGCGCUGCUGGAGGUAGAGGCAGCGCCGGUCAAGGACGUGGCAGCUCCACAUUCGCGGGAAAUAGCACAAAUGCGCAAUACAUUCGCGAGCUGCCCGUCCUGCACAUCCCCCGGGAAUACGUCACCCUUCCGCGACCCGGCAACACCGCCACACUGCGCUUGGUGGAACCCCGGUACUGUACACAUCUGAUUCGCGUAGUAGCGGUGGAGGGCGAGUUUCUGUCGACACAGGAGUAUCCGCGCCCUGGCGGACGGGCAACCUUGGUGAAACUGGACAACGUCGGCGUGCCCAGUGCUGCGGGCGACGUACGCGUCACGAUUCGUGGGCUGCGCUACGUGCGUUUCCAGGGCGUGCGGACCGACGCGGCGCAGGACGGGCUCUCCUACGGUACCUUUGACCCGACCGGCAGGCGAAGGUGGCUGUUCAGUUGUCUGUUUCCCUGCUUUGGACGGUCGUCGAACGCCGUGUCGGUAUCUACCAGCAGUGGAGCGAUUACAAACCACGGCGCAACGUAA